UUUUUCAAGCUGUCUGUCAGAGAAUGCCCAACAGGAAAAUGUGGUAUGCCAAAUUGCCGAAUGGACUGUCCAAACUGUAUGAACGGGGCAGUGUGUGAGCCUCAUUCUUGUUCAUGCCUAUGCCCAGCCGGCUACAUUGGUGAUCUAUGUGAGACAGCGCACUCUACAAGUGAUUUUGGACAGAGCGGCACCAUGGCGUGCAGUACUGGCGUUGACAAGUGCAUAGGUAACCGAUUCUGUCGACCUCAACCAUUUGGGUGUACUUGUGCAGGAGGUUUUUCUGGAAUAGAUUGUGGGACAAGGUGUUCUGCAGGAACAUAUGGCCCCGAUUGCAAGUUAGUCUGUUCGUGUCCGGAUGAUGAGUGCAAUUACCAUAGUGGUUGCAGUUCCAGUAGUUGCAGUGAUGGGAUGACUGGCGAUACUUGUACAG